CUACGGGCUUUCUAGUCACAUGCAACAAGAUGUGCGUGCGUGUCCGGGGAAGGCGAAGGCGCGCUUUCGAAACACACAGGUCUCUGCUGCACGUACACACCAGGGAGCACGCGUGGGGCAGGCUGGGCUUGGCUUCUCUGACCGGUUCGUGGUAGCUCGUCAACUUGGGAUUGCUCGAGAGUUAGCCGGGUGGCAAGAACGACGGCGAAGAGGAGGAGCUUGGGGCUAAGUAUCCGGCUGCUGCAGGUGUGUGAGCCUCGGCUUGCCGGGGGCAACUUUCCAGCUUACCACAGUUGGGGCGAGGCGAGGCUGGGUUUUCUGCCGUCACUGGCGAAGGAGGAGCAGCAGUAGCAACAGCAGCGGCCGGUGGCGACAGUAUUAGCCGAGGAUCCGGGCGCCACGCUGCAGACACACUCGUCCCCUCCUUCCUGCCCUUCCUCCGGCUCCGACAGCAGCCUUCGCUUUGUAUCUGCUGCCCGGGAUGCGCUGAAUUCUCUGGGACUUUGGGAGGAGGAAGGGGCGAGCACAUGGAGCCGUCGGAGCCGCUGAGGCUGAACAGCAGCUGCGCCAACGGUUCUUUGUUGACCCUGACCUGCCUGUCUCAUCAGGCUGUCUGCCAGAUCAUUGGGAAUGUCAGCUCAGCAGUCUCAUCCCAUGAGAAUCUCACGCUAGACACAGACUGGACGGUGGUGGUAGAAGACAAAUAUGGGUUCUACAUUGGCUUGGCCCUGGCCAUCUUCUCCAGCUUCCUCAUUGGCAGCAGUGUCAUCCUCAAGAAGAAAGGACUGCGACGGCUGGUGGAGAAAGGAGGCACCAGGGCAGGGGAUGGAGGCCAUGGCUACUUAAAGGACUGGCUGUGGUGGGCUGGGUUGCUCACCAUGGGAGGAGGAGAAGCUGCCAACUUUGCCGCGUAUGCCUUUGCACCUGCAACAAUUGUUACUCCGCUUGGAGCACUGAGUGUGCUUAUAAGUGCCAUCUUGUCAUCUUAUCUGCUUGGAGAACGACUUAAUCUGCUGGGCAAACUAGGCUGCAUGUUGAGCAUUGUGGGUAGCACAGUUCUUGUGAUUCAUGCUCCUGAGGAAGAAGUAGUCACCACUCUGGAUGAAAUGGCCUCUAAACUGAAAGAGCCAGGUUUCCUUAUCUAUGCUGGCAUUCUUCUGCUAGUGUGCCUGAUUCUGACUGCCUUCCUAGCCCCACGUUAUGGCCAAACAAAUAUCCUCAUCUACCUUACCAUCUGUUCAGUGAUUGGGGCCUUUUCAGUCUCUUCAGUCAAAGGACUGGGCAUUGCCAUCAAGGGCUUUUUCGCUCACCAGCCUGUUCUGCAACACCCGCUGACCUGGAUUCUUGUCCUCACAUUAGUGGCCUCUAUCACCACCCAAAUCAACUACCUCAAUAAGGCUCUGGACAUUUUCAACACCUCCAUGGUUUUCCCCAUCUACUAUGUGCUAUUUACCACCAUUGUUAUCACUACUUCAGUCAUCCUCUUCAAAGAGUGGGUCACCAUGUCUGCUGUAGACAUUAUUGGGACCGUAUGUGGGUUCCUUACCAUAAUUUUAGGUGUGUUUUUACUCCAUGCUUUCAAAGAUAUGGACAUCAGUUUGAGGAAUCUUCCACAAACACUUCAGAAUACUGAUGAGGUUCCAGUAAUCAAGGAUGAUAAGAACAACCUGAUAGGGCUGGAUAUUUCUGACACAGUGGCUGAUGGCAAAGCCAAAGUAUUCAUGAUCUGCAAUUGAAACCUGAAAUAAACAAUCCUGCACCUGCAGGGACGUGGACCAGACUGUACAUAUGUGAAUGCAAGAGUUUGCAAUAAGUGAAACUUCACCAUAUAUGCCUUCUACAAACAGCAACUUCUUUGAACUGAAUGAACAAGCUGUUCUGCCACACUUCUGUAUCGUGAUCUCUUCUGCCCCUUUCAUCUUUUGGAAUUCUGCUGCACAUUCUGCACUCUGCAUGGACUCAUCAAGGUUGACAUGCCUGUGCCAGUCUCAAAUAAGCAGGUCUUUCACUGAAUAUCUGAAGGAGUGUGGUUCCAUCCCAAUGACUGAAGUUUCUUCUGAAGUGAUAGAAAUUAUUUCUUCAGACAUUUUACAUGAUCCACCCCCAGGAGCAUGUGAUUUUUUAAAAAGCUGUUUUGCAGACUACAUCUGGACUUUGUUAGGCUAAGGAGAACAUUAACCUUUGAAAGUCAGUGAUGCUGUUGUGCCACCUUCAAUCCUGUGUACUAAAAGUGUUAUGGAAGAGAAAUUGUAUUUUUAGCCUGUUUUGCAGUAGUCUUAUGAGAUCACCCGGCAUUCUU